AUGCUUAUCAUUCAUAUUAGUUACAGCAAAUGUAGUAAGGACAUGCUUUAUGAAUUCCAAAAAGUCAUUACUAGUUGUGUCUUUUCUUUUUUACAGCUAGCGUAUCAUCAGUUUGUUUUUGCUGUAGUGAUAUUAUCCUCUCGUGAAAGAGCAAUAAAACCAUCUUUGCAAAUGGCGCCUAGGAUACAGACGUUUGGUACCUUUUAUUUUGCAAUAUAUUCCUAUUUCACACCAACUAUAAGAGCGGUGCAUGUCUCUAUUGAAUCUGGCCUUAUCAAUAAACAUACAGUCAUUCAUAAAAUCUAUUUUUUGAUGAAUCUAGAAGUUUACUAUAUCAUACGGUUUAAUUACAGUUUCUUCACUGUAUCGUACAAAAUAUUGCGGGAUAAUGCGUUUAGAAGUGAGAUGACAUAUUUUUCUUUUCUUUU